UGAGCAAAAACAAGCACUACCUUUCCCUCCCUCCUCUCUCUUUCUCUCUCUCUCUAUAUCUCCUCUUCAACUGAUCAAUCUCACCUCAGAUUUAAUUCUAUAUAAUUCAUCUAAAUUAGAUCAUAAGAACCCUAAUUUCACUUUUUUGUUCCUGGGUUUUUUUCUAUUGAAUUUUUGACACAGCUUUAUUUUAGUUUUUUUAGCUCGUUUAUGAAGCCUCCUUGGCCGCGUCCGCUUUUUUUGGGUAAUCAAUCUUUCACAACCCUAUUUUUUCGGUUGUAUGGGAUUAGAAUUUGUCCAUUUUUGCCGGUUUUUGAUUGGGUAUUUUGGGGAAAGUUUCUAUUUUUUUUUUGUUUUCAUCCCGCGUUUUGGCAAUGACAUUUUCAUUGGCUAUUUUUAAUUUCUGGGUUAUUUUUAUCAACCUGUAAAAAUUCAAAUUCAAAUCACUUUUUGGGUAUUUUCCUCUCUCCAGAAUUUGUAAGCUCCCCCUUGUUCAUUUUCAAGAUCUUGGCUGUUAUCAGACUGCAGGUUUAGAGUUGGGCAAUAAUAUUGUAGAAAAUAGUUGGAAAAUAUGGAUGCAGCAGAGCUGGAAGAAAAUCUUUUUGCAAUAAGUGAUGCCAAGUUACAUGGAGGAAUGUGCAAGCUUUUAUCCAAUAUAUACUGUAAAGUGUUGAACAUCUUUCCUGCUCUAGAAGCAGCACGCCCACGCAGUAGGCCAGGAAUCCAGGCAUUAUGUUCUCUCCAUGUAGCACUUGAGAAGGCCAGAAAUCUUUUACAACAUUGCUCAGAGUGUAGCAAACUGUAUCUGGCCAUUACUGGAGAUUCUGUUGUUUUGAAGUUUGAGAAGAUGAAAUGCACACUUAUAGACAGUCUUCGACGGGUGGAAGAUAUUGUUCCACAAUCUAUUGGUUGUCAGGUUCAGGAGAUUGUCACUGAACUGGAGGAGACUGUUUUAUCCCUUGAUCCAUCAGAGAAACAAGUUGGUGAUGACAUAAUUGCGUUGCUUCAGCUGGGUAGAAAAUUCGAUGACAGUUUUAGCGACAAUAGCGAACUCGAGUCUUUCCACCAAGCGGCAUCUAAGCUUGGCAUAACUUCUUCUCGGGCUGCUCUUGCUGAGCGAAGGUCUCUCAAGAAACUCAUAGAGAAAGCUCGAAUAGAGGAAGAUAAGCGAAAAGAAUCAAUUGUAGCUUACCUUUUAUUUCUCAUGCGGAAGUAUUCAAAGUUGUUUAGAAGUGACCUUGGUGAUGAUCAGGAUUCACAAGGUUCGGGACCUUGUUCACCCACUGUUCAAGGAUCUACCGAGGACGGUGUUGGUGCUUUCAACGGGAGGGCGGCAUUUGACCGCCAGCUGUCAAAAAUCGGUUCUUUUAACUUCAAACCAUCUUUCUCGUUUAGGACAAAUAGGAGAUCCGAUCACAUACCCAUCCCACCAGAAGAACUCAGAUGUCCAAUCUCAUUGCAGCUCAUGUAUGACCCGGUAAUCAUUGCAUCUGGACAGACAUAUGAAAGGAUUUGCAUUGAGAAGUGGUUCAACGACGGGCAUAACACUUGUCCAAAGACUCAGCAACAGCUCUCUCAUCGAUGCGUUACUCCUAAUUAUUGUGUGAAAGGCCUUAUUGCUAGCUGGUGUGAGCAAAACGGGGUGCUUAUUCCUGGUGGGCCCCCAGAUACUCUUGAUCUCAACUACUGGAGGCUUGCAUUGUCGGAUUGUGAGUCAACUCAGUGUAGGUCUGAGGAUAGUAGCUACUCAGGCAACUUGAAAGGGGUCAAGGUGGUACCCCUUGAAAGUGACACCAUUGAAGAGAUAGAAGGGGAUGAAGGUGAAAGUUGUUCUGGUGAGCAGGAAGAGAGUGAUGAGAAUGUUAUUGGUGUAUGUGAAAACUUUUUUACUGUUUUACAAGGAAAAGAUGACUUGAGAACCAAGUUGAAAGUCGUCGAGCAUAUAAGACGGUUGUUAAAAGAUGAUGAUGAAGCAAGGAUGUUCAUGGGUGCUCAUGGGUUUGUUGAAGUGCUUGUAGGAUUUCUUAAGUCUGCACUCGGUGAACGGAAUAGUUUGGCCUUGGAAGGGGGAGCAAUGGCACUCUUCAACCUUGCUGUUAACAACAACAGAAACAAGGAAUUAAUGUUAGCCGCAGGGGUAGUUCCUCUGCUAGAGGAGAUGAUCACUGAACCUGAUUCACAAGGAUUAUCAGCUGCCCUCUAUCUAAACCUUUCAUGCCUCGAUGAAGCAAAACCCGUUAUAGGUUCAAGCAAAGCAGUCUCCUUCCUAAUCAGACUUCUUAUUGGCAAAACCGAUCCACAAUCGAAGCUCGAUUCCCUUCACGCCCUAUUCAACAUUUCUACUUGCCCAACUAACAUCCCUAACCUCCUCCAAUCUGGUAUAAUCAACGGUCUACUUCUUCUUUUGGUUGAACCAAGAGAUCAAACAUGGACCGAAAAAUCAAUAGCAGUUCUCAUAAACUUAGCAUCAAACAAUACAGCAAAAGAUGCAGUUACAUCAGCACCUGGUCUUGUUGGUGCACUUGCAUCGAUUAUGGACAUGGGUGAGCCUAUCGAGCAAGAACAAGCAGUUUCGUGUCUGUUGAUUCUUUGUAACGGGAAUGACAGUUGCUGUCAAAUGGUUUUACAAGAAGGGGUAAUUCCGACAUUGGUAUCAAUCCAAGUUAACGGGACAGCUCGAGGGAGAGAAAAGGCUCAAAAACUUCUGAUGCUUUUCCGGGAACAGAGGCAACGGGAUUCAUCUCCUCCACAAGUACAUAGGUCUCCUUCUGUGAGGGAAUUCGUAGCUGAAGCUCAACAAAUGGAGCUGAAGCCAUUAAGUAAAUCCAUCAGUGAGAAGGUACGGCCUGUUCUUGAAACACAGUCUGUUGGUAAAUCAAUUUCGCGAAGGAAAUUGGGAAAAACAUUUAGUUUCUUCGGAAAAAGAAAGAAUUACUCGGGUCCUCAGUGUUAGAAAAACCCGGAUUUUCCUCAACAGUUUGGCCCGUUUUCAUGUUCGGAUGAUGUAAAUUUUAUCUUGUAUCUUCUUAUAGUCUUUUCAUUUGCCCUGUUCUUAUGGGCAGCUACCAUUUUUGAGUCUUCUUAACAGAAGAAGAGAUGUACAGCUUCCCCACCAAUGUAAUUUACGCAUCGUUUUCCUUUUUUUUUUUUACUUUCGCCUUUCGUUGGUCGAAAGGGAAGAAAUCCAUGUAACAGUAGUACAUUAGUUUCACCUUAGAAAUACCCCAAGGUUUCAUUCUUGGAUGAGGUAAUAGUAUUACUCUGUUGCGUAAUUUUGUUGGUGUCAAAAAUUGAUUUUACAGAUACUUUUGACAGUCUCUA